AAAAAUUUGGGAAAUGGGUGCAAUUUCGUCACCCACAAUUGAACAAACUUGCACUUUCUUUUCACUUUCUCUAUUUAUCGCGUUUUGGUUUCUCGUCCUAGUUUUCUGUCGUUGUUUGUAAGAGUGGCAACCUUGUACAAGACUUUUAAGGUUAUUUUCAUGAUCCUUCGACUGCAUUAACGAAACUCCAAUCAAAUGAUUGAAAAAUAUUAGGAAUUAUAGUGCAAGCCCCAAUCUACCAUGCAUAAACUCAAGUCGUCCCAAAGAGAAAAAGUGAAGAAAUUUAUAUCGUUUACCCAAACUGGCGAGAAUACAGCGAUUUAUUGCCUUACGCAAAACGACUGGAAAUUGGACUUAGCCAGCGAUAAUUACUUUCAAAAUCCUGAUGCUUACUAUAAAGAGCCGCGAAACGUCGAUAAGAAGAAGUUGGAAGCUUUGUACAAUAGAUAUAAAGACCCCAAUGAGCCGGAUAAAAUCACAGUUGAUGGAAUUAUGAAAUUCUUAGACGAUUUAGGCUUACCUCCCGAAUCAAAAUUAGUCCUGAUAAUAGCCUGGAAAUUCAAGGCUGCGACACAAUGCGAAUUCACCAGAGAUGAAUUUAUAACCGGAAUGACAGAACUAGGUUGUGAUAAUAUUGAUAAGUUAAAAGCUAGACUGUCAACGUUAGAAAAUGAAAUUAGAGAUAAUUACAAGUUUAAAGACUUUUAUCAGUUCACUUUUAAUUACGCGAAGAAUCCGGGCCAAAAAGGACUAGAUCUAGACAUGGCCAUCGCAUAUUGGAACAUUGUUCUCAAAGGCAAAUUCAAAUUCUUGGAUUUAUGGUGCACAUUUCUGCAGGAAAACCACAAACGAUCGAUUCCCAAAGACACCUGGAACUUGCUGUUAGAUUUUGCUCAACAAAUCGCCGAUGAUAUGAGUAAUUAUGACGAAGAAGGCGCUUGGCCCGUCCUCAUUGAUGAUUUCGUCGAGUGGGCCUCCUCGAGAACAAAAGAUAACCAAAACAGCCCCCUCGACUAGCGAAACUAUCGUGCCGAACGCCAGACUUGGAUGACAUUAAACUUUUUUUGCGAAUUCCAACGAUUUAAAAAUACAGAUUACGCUUUUAGUAAUCAAUAUAGCGGAUUGUGCAUUAAUUAAUAAUUUUGUCGGUUGUGAAAGUUUUACUAUUUUUUAUACAACUUGAGCGGUUUCGAUUUAAUGUCAUUCAGUCUGUUUUCGUUUUAUUUAUUAAAAUAGAGAAGAGUGUAAAUAGCAAACAUGAAGGAUUUUUGAGCACUACAAUUGUAAAUUUUCAUCAGCUGUAAUAAAUAAUUAUAUUGUUUUUAA